AUGGACAACGCCUACGUGCAAUCGCCCUCUGCGGUGCUAAAGCACUUUGAUGUACAAGAAGCCUCUGGUCUCGACAAGUCGUCGGUGAUUGCGUCAAGACAGCAGCAUGGUCCAAAUGCUAUCCCCGAGGAACCUCCUACCCCGCUAUGGGAACUCAUCCUGGAACAAUUCAAGGACCAGCUUGUCCUCAUCCUGCUUGGCUCGGCCGCGGUAUCUUUUGUGCUCGCUCUCUUCGAAGAUAGCGACGACUGGACUGUUUUUGUUGACCCCAUUGUCAUUCUCACCAUCCUCAUCCUCAACGCCGUCGUAGGUGUGUCGCAAGAGUCGUCGGCUGAAAAAGCAAUCGCUGCACUUCAAGAGUACUCAGCCAAUGUGGCCAAGGUCAUCCGCGAUGGCAAGGUCCAGCGCGUCAAGGCAGACGAGUUGGUUCCAGGAGACAUCAUCAAGGUGGCCGUGGGUGAUCGCGUUCCUGCCGACUGCAGGAUCCUGUCCAUCCACAGCAACAGCUUCCGCAUCGACCAGAGUAUUUUGACCGGAGAGAGCGAGAGCGUCGGCAAGGAAACCGACGCUAUUGACGACGCAAAGGCUGUCAAGCAGGACCAGAUCAACAUGCUCUUCUCAGGUACCACGGUUGUCACUGGAAGUGCCACCGCUGUCGUUGUCCUCACUGGCUCCAACACGGCCAUUGGCGACAUCCACGAGAACAUCACUUCGCAGAUCUCGCAGCCUACACCUCUCAAGGAGAAGCUAAACGACUUUGGAGACACUCUCGCAAAGGUCAUUACCGUCAUCUGUAUCCUUGUCUGGCUCAUCAACAUUCCCCACUUCAACGAUCCCGCCCACGGCUCCUUCACCAAGGGUGCCAUCUACUACUUGAAGAUUGCUGUCUCGCUCGGUGUCGCCGCCAUUCCCGAAGGUCUCGCCGUUGUUAUUACCACCUGUCUCGCCUUAGGAACCCGCAAAAUGGCUGCCAAGAACGCUGUGGUCCGCAGUCUGCCCUCGGUCGAGACUCUGGGUAGUUGCAGUGUCAUCUGCUCGGACAAGACUGGAACCCUCACCACCAACCAGAUGAGUGUCAGCAAGGUCGUUUUCGUCAAUGAGCGUGGCUCUGGACUCGACGAACUUACUGUUGAAGGAACCACCUUUGCUCCCGAAGGUGCCAUUACUACUUCAAGCGGACAAACUCUCGACAACGCAGCCGUUUCCUCGUCUACCAUUGCUCAAGUCGCCGAGGUCGCUGCUCUUUGUAACGACGCACGUCUCGCCUAUGACAGCGAGAAGGGUGCCUACACCAACCUGGGCGAUGCUACCGAAGGUGCCCUGAGAGUCCUCGCCGAGAAGAUCGGCACCCGGGAUGCAUCAGUCAACUCUGCAAGAUCCACCCUUGCCCCCGAAGACAAAGUUCACCACGCCAGCAAGCACUGGGAGACCAGUACUCCUCGUCUGGCUACGUAUGAGUUUUCCCGCGAUAGAAAGAGUAUGUCCGUUUUGGUCCAAGACGGCUCAUCUCAGCGUCUCCUCGUCAAGGGUGCCCCCGAGUCCAUCAUCGCCAGAUGUAGAUACGUCUUGGUUGGAACAAAGGGCACAAGGAUGGCUCUCACCGAUAACAUCUCUUCUCUGCUCUCCAAGGGUAUUGAGGAAUACGGCAACCGUGGACUUCGCAUCAUGGCUCUUGCCAGCGUCGACAACGUCACUUCUCCUCUGUCGAAGCAGGCUAAAACCACCUCCGAGUACGCUCAACUUGAACAAAACAUGACACUGAUUGGUUUCAUUGGCGCGCUCGAUCCUCCCCGUCCCGAAGUGGCUGACAGCAUCCGCAAGUGCCGUGAGGCUGGCAUCCGUGUUGUUGUCAUCACUGGUGACAGCCAGAACACUGCUGAGACCAUCUGCCGCCAGAUUGGUGUCUUUGGCACCGACGAAGAUCUGACCGGCAAGAGUUUCACUGGCCGCCAGUUCGAUGACCUUAGCGAGGUCGAAAAGCUCGAGGCUGCCAUGAACGCUUCUCUCUUCUGUCGUACUGAACCUACCCACAAGUCCAAGUUGGUUGACCUUCUUCAGUCUGCUGGCGAGGUUGUCGCCAUGACUGGUGACGGUGUCAACGAUGCCCCUGCCCUGAAGAAGGCCGACAUUGGUGUUGCCAUGGGUAGCGGUACUGAUGUUGCCAAGCUCGCCGCAGACAUGGUCCUCGCAGACGACAACUUUGCAACCAUCGAGGCCGCUGUCGAGGAAGGCAGAAGCAUCUACAACAACACUCAGCAAUUCAUUCGUUACUUGAUCUCGUCCAACAUUGGCGAGGUUGUGUCCAUCUUCUUGACUGCCGCCAUGGGCAUGCCCGAGGCUUUGAUUCCUGUUCAGCUCCUUUGGGUCAACCUGGUCACCGAUGGUCUUCCGGCUACUGCGCUCUCAUUCAACCCCGCCGACCAUGAUAUCAUGAAGCGUCUUCCUCGCAAGCGUGACGAAGCUCUUAUUGGUGGCUGGCUCUUCUUUAGAUAUAUGGUCAUCGGUACCUACGUCGGUAUCGCAACUGUCGGAGGAUAUGCAUGGUACUUCAUGUUUAGUGAGGCUGGACCUAAGGUCAGCUUCCACGCACUGACGCACUUCCACUCUUGCAGCAUUUUCGAGCACCCGAUUGACUGCUUCAUGUUCAGUGACUACAGAGCCAAGACAGCAUCGACCAUCUCUUUGUCGAUUCUGGUUGUGAUUGAGAUGCUCAACGCCAUGAACGCUCUGUCUUCGUCGGAGAGUUUGUUGACUCUUCCCCUGUGGAAGAACAUGAUGCUCGUGUACGCCAUCUGUUUGAGCAUGGCCUUGCACUUUGCACUGCUUUACAUUCCCUUCUUGCAGGGCAUCUUUGGCAUCGUGCCUCUUGGCAUGGAGGAGUGGAAGUUGGUGCUUGGAUGGAGUGCGCCUAUCAUUCUGAUCGACGAGGGACUCAAGUUCCUCGAGCGCGCAUUUGUCAUGGAGAAGCCGGGUAAGCACAUCAAGCCCAAGGCAGAGUAG